AUGGAGGCUGCUCUGCGUCAAUCUAGGGCCAUGUGCCCCUUCUUGAAGAAGGCCUCGCCCGCUAAGCUUCGCGCGCUGUCUACCUCGGCUCGUCCCCAUGCCGUCCAGGCCCCUCAGACGGCCGUCGCCGUUUCCCCUUGCGGCGGCACCAUGUCCAAGUUGCAGCUCCUUGCCCACCGCUGCCCCGUCAUGGGCAAGGCUCUGACUGUUCAGUCGGCUCAGUAUGGCCAUGCUGCCAAGGCUGCGAACUCGUCUGUCGCCGGCAUUCGCGCUUUGAGCACCAACUCAAAGUCCGGUCGUGCCAGCAUCCAUACCAGCCGCAGCAACGACGCCCGCGCCGUGGACACUCCUUUCGCUAACGGACAUGACAAGACCCGGCUUCCCCCGAACAUGGCUGCUCGCCACAACUCUGCGAACAACGUUGGCAUGGGCAAUUCGGAUGCCUCGAAGGCCAAGUUUAAUUACGAGGCCUAUUACACGUCCGAACUGGAGAAAAAGCAUAAGGACAAGUCGUACCGCUACUUCAACAACAUCAACCGUCUGGCCAAGGAAUUCCCUCGUGCCCAUAUGGCCGACAAGGAGGAGCGUGUGACUGUGUGGUGCGCCAAUGACUAUCUUGGAAUGGGUCGUAACCCCCACGUCUUGAAAUCGAUGCACGAGACCUUGGACGAGUAUGGCGCCGGUGCUGGCGGCACGAGGAACAUUUCGGGGCACAACAAGCAUGCCGUCGAGCUUGAGGGCACCAUCGCGAAAUUGCACGCAAAGGACGCAGCUCUCGUCUUCAGCUCAUGCUAUGUUGCCAACGACGCUACUUUGGCCACCCUGGGCAGCAAGAUGCCUGAUUGUGUCAUUCUGUCCGACAGCUUAAACCAUGCCUCCAUGAUCCAAGGUAUCCGUCAUUCCGGAACCAAGAAGAUCGUCUUCAAGCACAACGAUGUGGCGGACCUCGAGGCGAAGUUGGCUUCUCUCCCCUUGCAUGUUCCCAAGAUCAUUGCAUUCGAGUCGGUAUACAGCAUGUGCGGCUCGAUCGGCCCCAUUGAGGCCAUUUGCGACUUGGCGGACAAGUACGGCGCCAUCACAUUCCUCGACGAAGUGCACGCUGUCGGCAUGUACGGACCUAAUGGUGCAGGUGUCGCGGAGCACCUUGACUUUGAAGCACACCAGCAAGGACGCCCCAAGGGCAGUAUCAUGGAUCGCAUCGACAUUAUCACCGGCACUCUUGGCAAGGCUUAUGGAUGCGUUGGUGGAUACAUUGCCGGCAGCGCCAAGCUCGUCGACAUGAUCCGCUCCCUCGCCCCUGGAUUCAUCUUCACCACCUCCCUUCCCCCUGCGACAAUGGCUGGCGCAAAGACCGCCAUUGAGUACCAGAUGGAUUAUGACGGUGACCGUCGUCUCCAGCAGCUUCACACCCGCGCGGUGAAGGAAGCCCUCGGCGACCGCGAUAUUCCCGUCAUCCCCAACCCAUCCCAUAUCAUCCCGAUCUUGGUUGGCAACGCCGAGCUUGCCAAGCAGGCAUCGGACAUGUUGCUCCAGGACUACCAGAUCUACGUGCAGUCCAUCAACUACCCUACCGUUCCGGUCGGGCAGGAAAGACUGCGUGUGACGCCCACUCCGGGCCACAAGAAGGACUAUCGCGACCAGCUUGUGCAAGCCAUUGAUGAGAUCUGGACCAAGCUUGGCAUUAAGCGCACCUCUGCUUGGGCUGCGGAGGGUGGCUUCAUCGGUGUUGGGGAGGCCAAUGCGGCCCCCGAGCAGCCCCUGUGGACCGACAGCCAGCUUGGCAUCGAGCAAGCUGCGAAGGAGAUUAAGGCUGCGGGCAACAUCAACAGCGGCUUUGUCGAGGCCCUGUUGGAGCGUGAGGCCAAGACGGCUGGUCAGGCCGUGAGCUCUACUAUCUAA